CCAUUCAGUUAAAAUUCACAGGAGCUCUUAAACCCUACAAAUCCCACAGCAAAACCCUACACAAGGAAACACCCCCGUCCUUCUCGCUCCCUCUCUCUGCAAAAGAUGGGGUUCUUCGACCUCAACAUACCCUAUGAAACCUCUCAAUCUUCAAAGACGACGCGCAUCAAGGUGGUAAUCAAAGCUAUGGAGCUAGGCUACACUGGUAUCGCCUAUAACCGCACGAUCAAGGGCGUCAUGUCUGAUCACGAUCGCUGCUCUAUUAUGCCUCUAUCCCUUUCAUCUCUUCUCAAUGUUGCUCCUUCUCUCGCCUCCUCCGUCAAUCUCCAUCGCGACCUUCUUGGUAUCCCACGCUCCUCCCCCUUCCGUCAGUACACGCGCUUGACUGUCUCUGUCGAUACUCCUGCUCAGUGUCAGGCGCUUAACAGUGGGAAUCCAAUUUUGAAGACUUAUGAUUUGGUUGCUGUUAGGCCUCUUAAUCAGAGCGCUUUCGAUCAUGCCUGCGAGAAAUCUGAGGUGGAUAUAAUUGCUAUUGAUUUCUCAGAGAAGCUGCCUUUUAGGUUGAAGCUGCCAAUGGUUAAAGCUGCUAUGGAGCGUGGAGUUCACUUUGAAAUUUCAUACUCUGAUCUUAUUCUGGAUGUUCAAGUUAGGAGGCAAAUGAUAUCAAAUGCCAAGUUACUGGUGGAUUGGACUCGAGGAAGGAAUCUCAUUUUCUCAAGUGCUGCUCCUUCUGUGAAUGAACUUAGAGGGCCAUAUGAUGCUGCAAAUUUAUCAUCUUUGCUUGGGCUCUCUAUUGAACGAGCUAAAGCAGCUAUUUCAAAGAACUGUAGGAAUCUUGUAGCUAAUGCUUUAAGGAAAAAACACUUUUACAAGGGGGCUAUUAGAGUUGAAUUGAUAUCAUCUGAUGAAAAAUCUGGCUCCAAGGAACCAUUGUCUAUGGACUGGCUUAAAUGGGAUCCCAUCUCAAGUGGUGAAGGAGAUUUGCAACUAGAGGAUAUGGCAAAGUCUUUCUCUGCCACUAUUAGCGUUUCCAAUUCUGUUAAAGCCAUUGAUUUUGCUUCACUUAUUGGCAGCAUGCCACCUCAUGGUGAAAAGUUUUUGACUGCUAAGGCAGUUGAGCUACCAGUUGCAGCAACUGGAGUGUCUGAAAAUCUUCUUCCAGAAACAGAUUGGAAUUCGUUUUUCAAUUCUCCAUCAAAGAAUCAGACCUUUGAUCAUGGGAGUUCUCGAGAGCUAUGUUUUCCAAACAAUGCUGCAAAAAAUUCAACUAAUUUUGACGAAAUUGGAACUCCUACUAACGCCAUUGAGGAAGGGCCAAAAGAUUCGAAUGGCAAAGAUGCAUUACUUCCUUUGAUUGUAACUCAAAAGCCUGAUUUGCAAUCACAAAAACACAUCCCUAGUUGUGAAUUAAAUGCUAUGGAACUAAACGAGGAUAUAAUGCAUCAGCUAUCUGCUGCAGAAGUUGAGUUGACGGAUUCUUGUGUUCAUGACAACAAAAGAAUAGAAACUUUAUCUGAGAAUGUUAAUUUUCUAGCUCCUCAGAUUAAAAAGUGUAUGAAUUCACAAGGUUCUGAUGCAUUUUUAGAUUCACAAGUUUCUGAUGCAUUUUUAGAUGCACAAAAUGUUGUGAUGGAUACAGACAUGGCAGAGAUGGGUGUAAAAGAUCAGGAAGAUACACCUGUAAUUGAAAAUAUUUCUGGCAGAGAAUAUUGCAAGGAAUCAGAUGAUGAUACUAUGACACUUGGGGAUCAUGUUCGAUUUCCUUUAGUCUGUGGUGAUAUUAAAAUUAAAGAGGCCCCUUCAGUUGCAAAUCAGGAGAACCUAGAGGAGGUGGCGAUGGAAGAGCGAGAGGCUAUGGAGAUCCCAGAGGUGGCAAUGGAAGAGCAAGAGGUUAUGGAGACCCUAGAGGGGGUGGCAAUGGAAGAGCAAGUACUUGGAGAUGUAGAUACUGAAAAUGUUCUUGGCCGGGACAAUGAUUUGAAAGCUAAAGAUACCUCUUCAGGUGCACAUUUUAUGCCCUUGGAGGAGGAGGCAAUGAAGGAACAAAAGCUUGAAGAAACUGAUGCUGAAAGUAAUCAUCCAAUGUUCUUCCCAUCUUCUUCAGGGAAAUCCAGGGCAAAGCAGAGGUUACUUCAACAGCCUCUUGUAUUUCCUUUGAAGCGAUUGUUGAAUCCUAUACCUUUCAAAAAGAAAUCUAAAAAAUUUAAACACAAGAUGAAUGUGUAACCAAGCGCUCUCUCCUCCCUCCAAAUAUUUACUCCUGUUCGGAAUCUAUAAUUUUUUAAGAAUUCAAUUCAAUUAAUUUUCUUUUGGUUAA